AUGCAUGGUAGCAAUACCACGGCAAAGGAUGUGUCGAUGGUUGACGUGAGUAACGCAAGCAAUCCGACAAGUGCUGACACGAUGACAGCAUCGUCGUCGUCAAACGGCUCUUCGAUGACCGAGGGGAAAUCCAACACCACCAAUGAUAUAGACUUGGACCGAAUGAAUUUGGAUGCCAGAGAAGAUGACGCGCAAGUUAACGACGAAGACAAGAUGCACGUGGACCAUUCGUCUACUGCUUUGGCACAACAGAACCAAACACUCGACGGCUCAGCUCAACAACAGCAGCAGCAGCAUAACAACAACGCCCAACAACAACAACCCCCAUCACAACUGCUGCAGCAACAGCAACAGCCGCAAUACAACCAGCCUCCUCCUCCUGCUCAGCUGAAACAACCAGAGGCGCAGCAACCACAAGAACAGGUGUUCACUCUCCCGGUUGAUAUCAAAUGGCUGCAAGGAGGAGAGAAAGUCUACGUGACUGGAUCAUUCACCGGCUGGAGAAAGAUGAUUGGACUAGUGAAACAGCCGGACGGGACAUUUAUGAUAACUUUGGGGCUCCCAGUGGGCACGCAUAGGCUACGUUUCAUCGUGGAUAACGAAUUGCGAUACUCGGAUUUUUUACCCACGGCAACGGAUCAAACUGGUAAUAUCGUCAACUAUAUCGAAGUGAGCCCCCCGCCUCCAAAAGUUGACCCUGCUGUCGCGCCAACUUCACCACAAGCACAACCAAAGGAGGCCAGUGAGCCCGGUUUAACUACACGAAGAUCUACAAGAUGGCAAUUGACCAACGACGAUGACGAUAUGGGCAAUGGCUAUUCGCGUUAUUAUGACCAAAAUCCUCAGGAUCAACAACUAGUCUUUACCAGGGAUAUCCCGCCAAUCUUUACAGAUCCAAAAGUCAUGGAGCAGUAUUAUGUUGCCAUUGACAAGCAACUGAAGUCCAAUAAUGGCCAACAACAAGCAUGGUUGCAUCCACCUCUAUUGCCUCCGCAUUUAGAAAGUGUCAUUUUGAACAAUUUCAAUAGCAAUGAAAACAAUUCCGGUGCUUUGCCUACUCCUAACCAUGUUGUGUUGAACCAUUUGGCUACUACUUCAAUCAAGCAUAAUACUUUGGCGGUGGCUUCCAUCAUGCGGUAUAAAACUAAAUACAUCACUCAAGUGUUGUAUGCUCCGUUGUGA